AUGGAUUUGGUGGAUAAAGCGAAGAAUUUCGUAGCUGAGAAGGUUGCUAACAUGGAAAAACCCGAAGCAACCAUAACGGAUGUGGAUCUUAAGGAUGUCGGCAUGAGCGGCAUAACCUAUUUGGCUAAGGUUUCUGUUAGCAAUCCAUACAUUGUUCCUAUUCCGAUCGGAGAAAUUAAAUACUCUCUCAAGAGUGUCGACAGGGUGAUUGCUUCGGGCAAUAUUCCGGACCCGGGAUCGUUGAAGGGGGAUGACAGUACCAUGCUAGAUGUGGAAAUAAAGGUGCCACAUAGUGUGUUGGGAACAUUACAAUUCCUCUUUCUCAAAAGGGUGAGAUGA